ACAACAAACAGGUGUGUUCUGAUAACGGGAGAGUGACAGGUGUGAAGAGUCAAAAACCGAAUAAAAGAAGGAGGAAGAAGAAGAAGAAGGAGACAGGUGUGGGGUCCAGAGUACAAGAUGUAAGCAGUCAUGUCUUCAACACUGAUCUUCUUCGUGUUCUUAGUGUAUUACCUCAUAACAAGAGGCUUUCCCAGACUGUUAUCAUGGCUUAUUGUGGCCAAGUAUCAAACAGAAAUCAAGAUCGGCCGAAUAAAUCUCUGGCGGCUCAGUUUCGAGGAUGUUCUGAUCAAAAAGUCAGGCCUAAGCAUAAAAGUUGACCGUGUUGGUGCUACAAGCAGUCUUUUUAACCAGGAAGAACGGAAAAUAUUUGCUUUGAAGGUUCACGAUGUGCGAAUUGAGAAAGAGGUGUGUGAGAAGCGUGGGCGAGCUCAAACUGAAGGAAGUAAUAAUGGCAGUGUGGAGGCUAUGUUCGCUGCAGCCAGCACAACCCCAGAGGUUGAGGCAAAGGCAAUUCAGCUCAGAAUAUCCCCUUCAGUUGUCACUCUUGCACAGGAGCUGAGGCUCUCUGACUGCCGUUACGCUCCUUUCACUCCCUGGAAAAUGCUGAAGCUGAAGGUCAGUGUGAGUGGAGCCCACCUGAAGGUCCUGCAGCAUGUGGCGGAUGAGAAGAAGCAGAUGGCAAGUGUGGCUGGGGGCAGCAUUGUAGGGGCUGGGCAGGACCCUUCGCUAAUGGAGUGCGCCAUCUCACUCAAGCUGUCUAUCGAAGCAAAUGCCGAGACCGUUGCAGCUAUGGAGAACAUCUCCAUACAGUUGAAUGAACCACAAGUCACUAUUAGAGAGCGCUUGCUUACAUUUCUUGAGAACAAAGCUUUGGCUGCAACACCAGUUGCAAGGCCAACGUAUGGAUCAGCAGCAAGUGCAACACCUCUUGAUGUCCAGCUGAAAAAGUAUUGGUUGUUUGUCCCUCUGAAAUUCCAACUCAAGGUGGAGGACAUUGGUACAAAGUUUGUCAAUAAUGUUGGACAGAUGGCUCUACAGGGCACACUUGCAGGCAUUGACCUUCAGACUCAUCUGACACGGGAAGGGGCUCUUGAAAACUUCCCAGCUCUAUUACCCGACUUCAGCACAGAACUCCAAGUCGAUAACAUCAAGUUACAUUGCACACAUGAAUCAUCUAUCUUUCUUAAUAGGUUCAAUCUACAAACUCAGUUUGUUGGGGACAGAGUGAAUAUGAAGAGUGAGUUCCGUUCACUUCACAUCUUUUAUGACCACAAAGACCUAGGCUUUUGGACUGGUUACAUGACCAGGAGGAAGUCACAACCAGCGAUGCCAAGUUAUAUUCCAGAUCAAACCAACAAGGAAAAAGUAAAGCCAUGGAAUGGUGCUUUCCAUAGAUACUGUGUUGGUCUUAUAGUAGAGAUGUGGGAUGUCACAUGUGGAGGUUGUGUCCCUGGCUCUCCAUACAGCCAAAUGAUGCUUCAGCAUGCACGCCACAGUGUCUUUGUGUCACAGUGGACCACAGAAGUCGAAGGAGAGCUCUUAUUGGAGUCCAUGGUGGCCACUCUCAGAUCAGGUCAACACAGUGGCUCCCAGAUGGCAGCCUCAAGUGCAGCAGCAACCCCAAGAAGAGUCCAUCAGUGGGGAACACCCAUGUGUAUUGGUCUGUGUCUUGUCCAGCUGUCAUCUGUGGCUCCUCAGUCCGCCAGAUGCAACAUGUCACUGCCUCCUCUUCAGGCUGAAGCUCUUCUAGACAACAUACAGUUAGAAUGGAGCCCUGAUUUGGCCUUGCUAGUAACUGCCAUUCUCAGAUAUUCAAGGGAGCUCAAGGAAUAUACAAAGAAUAUGAAACCCAGGAAAGUGCAAGAAAGUGGCUCUUCUUCUUCUGUAGAAACCUUCAGCAGUAUGAGUGUAAAAUGCACAAACAUCAAUGUAUUUGCUGUCACAGAACAAAAAGUGUCGUUAAUGGCUCGAGUAGACAGCCUGGAGAGUGCUAAGUCUGCAAAGAACUCAAGAACAACUAUAACUGGGAUGAAGAUGGUGCGAUUUGUCCCUACAGGCACUCAGUACUUGUGUAUAAAAUCUUCAGAGAUAAAGGGUGAAUGUGGUCAAGUAAGUGAAGUUAUUGUUGAGCAUGUAAAUGGAGAACUGCUUUUGAAUGUCAGUGAGCAACUCCAUUUGACCUGGUCCACCACUACACACAUGACCCUUCUCACUUUGGGUCAGGAAGUAGCUGCAUUUAUCAGAGAUGUCAAACCCUCUUCAGCCUCAGGAGACAAAGCAGGAGAUGCAACCCCAGGAGAAGAUCCGGAAAAUUCAUCUUUACAGUUGCAGUUGGUAGCUAAAGGAGACAUAAAAAUUGGUGCUGAACUCUCCCAGCGGCAUCAGAUGUACUUUAUACUGAGUGACUUAACAUACUUGAUGGCCAAUGGAAGGAUAUCAUGUCAGACAGAUGAACUGCAGAUUCAGUUCGAUGACCACAAUAUAAUGACUCUGUCAAGUGGAAAGUUGUCUCGCGCUCUUCAGUCUCGGGAAGUUCGUGAGGAGAGAGAAUCGAUGCAAGAGCUUGUUCAGAAGCAGAAUAAAGCAUGGAGACUGACAGUGGGAACAUGGAAGAUUACCUUCCCAUAUAAUUACAAGUUUGCACAAGCCUUUAGUGAUGACCUGUUGUCUGUGGUGAAGUGGAUAAAGUUAGUGCAUAAUCGUCGGCCUAAGGCAUUCACAGCUGAUAGUCCCUUGCCUCCUGAUUUGGUUAUACGAGUAAAGCACUGGCUUUUAGAGAUUGGAGAUGAUCCAUUUGAAGUGAAGUUGAGGUACAAUUAUGAACUCUUAGAAGAUGAAUACCAAGAGAGUUGCAAGAGGAUCAAGGCACUAGAUGCAAGGAUAGAGGAACUCCGCAAGACCAUGUUCCUCUUCCCUACAGGCAAGAUUGAGGAACUGUACAAAAAUCUGCAGGAAAAGAACAGUGAGACCUAUAUCAAGAGGUCAAAGUUGAUGUAUGAGUCUGCACCAAUGCGAACGCAGUUGUUUACAUGGACAAUGGAGGAUGUAGUGAUAUUUGCGAUGGCUGAUCCAACUUUCCAUGGAACGGAGAAGGUCAUACAGCACAUGGUUGACAUUGAUCAAGAGUCCCCAUGGCCUCAGGAGGGCCAGGAAUUCUCAACACUUUGGUGCCGCAUGAUUUCAGCCUCGUGUGCAGAGUGGAAAUUCAAGCUCAGAGAUUAUCCUCAGUCCCUUUUAGACAUGUCUGACCUUGAGAUCUGGGGAAGACUCAUUGGUGCUGAGCAGAAGGCCAGUAAAAGAGCAAUAAGGAAUGUGAUGGUGGAGGUUGGAGCACCAUGGUCAAACACUAUGGUUGAACGCACAAUGUCAGCACUCAAAUUCUACCAUGACUUUUCCUGCGAGGUCAAGAGCUUCACUGCAGCUUAUGGUCCAUGUUGGGAACCUGCAGUUGCUCAGUUUAAUCUCGCCCUCUCCCUCAUCAACCAGCCGUCCCGGGAUCCCUCGACACCACUGCCUUGGUGGGACAAGAUGAGGCUCCUCUUCCAUGGCCGCCUGACUCUCAUGGUCGAGCGCAUGACCCUACUCCUGCAUGCCUCACUUGACCCCUAUAACACCACUGAGGAGAUGGAGCUCACAUGGACAAGUCUCACCAUGGACUGGACCAAUGCAAAACUGGUAUUCAAGGGAAAUCUGAAAGUGUCAGUAAAAACAGCAUCCAAGUAUGAUGAUGCUAGGCUCCUGCAUGUCCCAAACCUAAAGCUUACAGUCAAGAUGAUAUGGCAGUGUCGAGGGAACCCCAAUGACCACCAUUCAGUCAUGCUUUGCGCACCAGACAAACUCCCAGAAUAUUCAAGUAACCAGCCCUCUCCCUCAUCACCAGCCGUCCCGGGAUCCCUCGACACCACUGCCUUGGUGGGACAAGAUGAGGCUCCUCUUCCAUGGCCGCCUGACUCUCAUGGUCGAGCGCAUGACCCUAGCUCCUGCAUGCCCUCACUUGACCCCUAUAACACCACUGAGGAGAUGGAGCUCACAUGGACAAGUCUCACCAUGGACUGGACCAAUGCAAAACUGGUAUUCAAGGGAAAUCUGAAAGUGUCAGUAAAAACAGCAUCCAAGUAUGAUGAUGCUAGGCUCCUGCAUGUCCCAAACCUAAAGCUUACAGUCAAGAUGAUAUGGCAGUGUCGAGGGAACCCCAAUGACCACCAUUCAGUCAUGCUUUGCGCACCAGACAAACUCCCAGAAUAUUCAAGUAACCAGCCGUCCCGGGAUCCCUCGACACCACUGCCUUGGUGGGACAAGAUGAGGCUCCUCUUCCAUGGCCGCCUGACUCUCAUGGUCGAGCGCAUGACCCUGCUCCUGCAUGCCUCACUCGACCCCUAUAACACCACUGAGGAGAUGGAGCUCACAUGGACAAGUCUCACCAUGGACUGGACCAAUGGUAAACCUCUCUUAUUUUUUGGCAAUUUGUAUAUUGCCAGAGAGCCAUUCUCAUGUAUUAAGAGUUAUGUUCAUAGAAAAUGGUUUGAAAAUCUCAAGUUCAUCCUAUCUGGCGUUGCCCGACCCACCAGACGAGGCCCACUCUUCAAUAAUACACAUGCGCGCAAACCUCAGUUAUCGAGGCAUUACAGCAGUAUACACCUUUCUGUGUCAUUUCAGCGCUUUGAUGUACGGUACUGGAUGUCUGUAGGAGUCAGAAAAGGAUUCCACCUCAGUGGUGAAAGACUGUCCCUUAGUUCUGAGCACAAGCUAACGUUGAUCCCAGUCAACGAUGGUUUACGUCACCGUCCUCGCAGUAGCUGGAGCAUCGUGUACCUCAACACAGAACUCUGCCUGGCCCAAGUCUGGCUUCAGAGUGCAAUGAAGGACUACACCACCUUCAGUGACGAAGAGGAUCGCCCUCAGGAGCCAGUUUCUGCACCUGUAGAAAAAUUCUAUUUCCUAAAUGUAAACCGAGUAGAGUACACCAGAGAGACCCUCACCCCCACACCAGCAGACUCUACUCCAGAUCCAAAUCUUCGUGAUAAGCCCAAUCACCGUCUUGUAGUACAUGGCUUGAAGGGAGCCUGGACCACUAACAACAGAGACAUCGUCUUUGCCCUGUACGACUCCUGGAACAAGUCACAGCAGCUCCGGCGAAACCUGACCCCAGACAUUAUAAAGAGCUACAAUCCAGAGGCUUCUACACCCCAGAAGCCAAGGAGUCGAUCCAUUACAGACAAUUCAACCCCACAGAACCUAACCUCUCCAACAGCAUCAUUGCAGGUUCCUCCAGUCCAAGCCACACCAUCACCAAUGUCACGCCUUCAGUCUGGUCAUGCUCAAGCCAUGCUUCAACAGCUUAUUGCUGAAGCUGAUAACAACCAAGUUGCAUUUAGUGAGGACUGUUCAAACACAGAGCCCAGAGACCAGAUACCCCAUGGAGUUAAAGCCUGCACUGUUGAUGAUGUCAUUCACAAGAAGUGGCUUAUUGUUCUGGUCAACAGUCAAGUGCUUCUGAAGGGCUGUGAAACAAAUGGCUAUGUGAUCCUCAGUGCUGCCAAUGCACAGAUCCUGCAGCGCAUCCACCGUCCAGUGUGGCAGGAUCACUCCCUUGUCACGAAGACCACUUGGUUUGGGUCACUAGAAUGCAUGCAGUACUACGCCACUGUUAGUAGUGCUGGGGACAAGGAGACACAGAUGGAUAACAUAAUGUGGCUGACAUUGGACAAUAUUGAAGAGAAAGAUGGGCAAGUGAUCAAUGAAGUAGCUGACAUAGUGGGAAGUGGACAGUCUGUGGGUGGAGUAGUCUCUCAGACUGUUGGCUCAAUGGAUGAAGAUGAUGAACUUCAACUGCAGCGCAUAGUAUCAAGGUGCAAGUGUGAAUUUUAUUAUGUGGCUUAUGGUGAAACUGGCCUGGACGUCUCUCUGCUGGAGGAGGUUCAUCCCCCGCUCCCUGAGGACGACCUCUGGAGCCGCAAUGUGGAAGCCGUUGACACCUUCACACUAGUCCAUCAUGACCUCUGUGCAAGCACUAACUCCCUGCAGUAUAACAUGGUUGUAGACAUCCUGAACAACCUGCUUCUGUAUGUGGAUCCCAAAAAAAAGGAAGCGAGUGAGGCUGUUGCCCGCAUGAGGUUCCAGCUCCAGCUCUACUCGAGAGACGACCAACGAAAGCCCAUCAUCAGGCUGCAGAAUCAAGUCAGGUAUCAUCUGUCACAGCUGAGAUCACUAGAGAAAGAAGUCUAUCUUGUCCAAAGACACCUCCUCAAUGACCCAACCAAUCAACAAAAAUUAGAUGAAAAAGAAGUACUAGAGAAGCAGGUGGCAGAGUGCAAAGAAAAAGUUAAUGGCUUGAGUGAAGAAUUAGCCAUGAGAAUUCACCUGUACAAUGAAACCCAGCUCUCUGCUAAUCACAAGUGGACAUCAUCAGGUGGAGACAAGCAGACGAAAGUGAUCCGGAUGAAUGAAGUUAGCUUCAGGAAGGCUCAGUGGCGAUUGACAGAGAAGGAUGGACAGCUUGGUAUUGCAGAUCUGGUGCUCUCAAAUUUCUUGUACACAAAGAAAACCAAUGCAGAUGAUAGUGGAGAACAUCUUUUGGAACUUGGCUAUGUCACCAUGAGGAACCUUUUGCCAAAUCAAAUUUACCAAGAGGUUCUCAUGCCCUCUGAGCUGCAGAUGAACAUGCCUGUUGAUCGUCAGAGGACUCUACGAAUAUUCUGCAGAGAGAAGCCCCCAUGUGGUGGGAUAUCUAUCAUUGAACACUUUGAGGUUAAUGUUGUACCUCUAAAUAUUGCCCUGACCUAUCAGUUCUUCAAAACAAUGAUGAAGUUCUGCUUCCCAGACAACACAACAGAAGAGGAGUUUGCAGGGAGUGAGGUCUCAUCAGGAGGCCAGAGCACACGUGGCAGCAAGAAACAAGCAUCGCUGCGGAAAUCUCACAAGGAGUCCAACUUUUAUGUGGCUCUGCAAGAUAAGGAUGAUGUAGAGAUUAUGAAGCAACGAGCAGAGCAGAACAAGUUAUUUGUUUAUAUAAAGAUCCCAGAGCUUCCAGUGCGAGUCAGCUACAAAGGCAAAAAGGAAAAGAACAUUGAGGAUGUAUCAAACUUCCGCUUGGUGGUGCCGACCCUAGAAUACCACAAUGUGACAUGGACGUGGCUUGACUUCCUAAUGGCUAUGAAGCAGGAUUCCAAAUCAGCUCUCUUGUCUCAGGCCAUCAAACACAAGUUGAACCUGGCUCACUUCAGGGCAGAUGAAGCUGCCACACCCAAUGAGGAAGAGAAGGCGCGACUCUUGUUGGGAAGCAAAUUGAUGCCACCAGAGUCCAAAGGUACGAAGAAGAGCUUGUUCAAGUUCAACAGAUAGCCUACCAGGCAUGCAGCACGUCGUAGUUGCUCAACUUCACAUACUAAAGGAAACUUAUUGGUUGGUUUUUAAGUAUGGUGUAAGGGCAAAUGUAACUUCACAUAUUUCUUCAUAUUUUUCCCCCCAUACUGGAAUAAGAAAUAGAAGUAAUGAGUAUAUAUAACUUAGCUGUAAUGGAGCUGUGGAUCUGUGAUUAAGGCUAAGAAGUUAGAAUGCAGCUGAUUUUGUUCUUUUGGUGGUGAAGCAUCAUGUAGUGUGUCUUUGAUUUUGUGAACUCUUUGCUUUGUAUCACUUAUUUGCCUUAAGUAUUUGAGAGCAAGUUAGUGGGCUCUUUGUUAGUGUUAUUAUUAUUUUUUUUAACUGGUAAAUAUCAGUCAUCAUAGAAAUGUGUUCUGGACUCCCCAAAAUUUAUGUAGCGAAACACAUGGUAUCAGGAGUUUUUUCUGUGAUAUUAAGGGGAAACUCAAGAAUGUAGCAGAUAAAAGUUAUAUGAUUAUUAUUAUAUAUAUUUUUUUUAUAAAUAUCUUUCUGCUUCAAAAUUAUAUUUUGCUUAAGUGUGUAAUUUUAUUGUAGCACAUGACAUUAAUCUAGUUCCAAAAAUGGUGCAUUAGUUGUUAAGACUUUUAAGAGAGAUAAGGAGAGAUUCUUUUUAUAUCCAAUAUGUAAUUUAUUGAUAAAGAUAGCCAUGAAAUUUUGAAAGAUGCACAUUCUGAAUUAUCAUUUUUUUCAGAAGAAAAUGUAUGAGGUUCACUUUUAUUCAUGGAUCUACUUUGACGGAACUUAGUAAGUUCACCUUGGCUCUGAUAAUAAGGAAGUUCUUUGAAUUCUUUGUUGAGAGAAAAACUCAUAUUCGUCUUCUCCUUUCGAUCUUCUUUCUUAUUCAUAUUAACAAAGAAUAAAUGAUGAACAAGAGUACCAGAUAUUUCAUUCAUUUUUCAGGUAGACGAUAUUAAGAGCAUGAGAGUGUCUUAGAACCCUUAAUGAGAUAACAUGUAUGUGUGAGAAGUUAAGACCAAGCACAUUUAACUUAAUAUGAAUGAAUGAAUGUCAAGGAAAAGGGGUGAAAGAGGGAGGCGGAAGAGGAGGAAAAAUAGAAAGCAGAGGUAAAUGUGUGUGUGUAGAGAUUGUGAUUAG